CAUUUUUUAACUGACGUCGUAAUGCGUCAUUCAAAAGAAGAUGGCGGCGCCCGACGGAGACAUGCAGAAGAUGGAGGUUUCGGUAGAUAGUCGGGAAGAUCAAGAUCAGUCACGUGGCAACACCGAGACCAUUCCCGGUUUCCCAGACACGGACGCUUUUGUUAAGCAUGCCCUUGGAACAGUUGUUUCAGCAACAAAGGCUUCGACUGGUCUUCCACAGGGUGGGGAUGAAUAUGAUUUUUACCGCAGCUUUCCUGGUUUUCGCGACUUCUGUGAAUCACAGGGAGACCGUUUACUCCACUGUAUGAGCCAGGUUAUGCAGUAUCAUGGCUGUCGUAGUCAUAUCCGGGAUCGAAGCAAAGUCACAUUGCUGGAAGAUAAAUUUGAUUUGCUUAUUGAUGCCAAUGACUUAAUUCUGGAGAAAGUGGGUAUUUUACUUGAUGAAGCAUCUGGACUAAACAGGAAUCAGCAGCCCAUCCUCCCUGUUGGGCUUCAGCCUCCAAAGACAAUUGUUUCCAGCUGGAAUAGGAAGACUAGUGACUUAAGCAAAAAAGGCAAAAAUGAAACUUUUCGACUGCUUCAUGCUAAGAACAUUUUGCGCCCCCAACUUAAGUUUAAAGAAAAGAUUGACAAUUCGAACACUCCUUUUGUUUCAAAACUCUUUGUGAAGCCUAAUGCACAAAAGCCUCUACCUGAAGUUCUCAGGAAGAGACUAGAAACACAGCAGAGACAAGAGGAUCUAGAUGUUCCUUCUGCUUUGGCAGAAUUUAUUCAUCAGCAAAGAAUGAACAUAAGUGAAGAGUAUAUGUUCUGUCAUCCCUAUCAGUAUGAAUUGGAUCACUUUGUACCAUUGGAGUUGUCAAUGGAGAAACCAGAUAUUCAGCCCAUCCUCUCACUGCAAGAUGCCCCAUGUAAUUUUGUGAUGAAGUUGGAAGACUUGGUUGCACUCAAUGAAAAACUGCUACAGUGUGCAGAGUUUGCAGUGGAUCUGGAACAUCAUUCCUACAGAAGCUUCCUAGGCCUUACCUGCCUGAUGCAAAUUAGCACUCGAACAGAAGAUUAUAUUAUUGAUGUGCUGGAAUUAAGGAGCAACUUGUACAUUUUGAAUGAAAGCUUCACAAAUCCCUCGAUUAUUAAGGUGUUUCAUGGAGCUGAUUCAGAUAUAGAGUGGCUUCAGAAAGACUUUGGCUUAUACAUUGUAAACAUGUUUGAUACACAUCAAGCAGCACGGAUUCUCAAUCUUGGCCGACACUCGCUUGAUCACCUACUCAGGUUGUAUUGCAAUGUGGAGUCAGACAAACGAUACCAGCUUGCUGACUGGCGAAUUCGCCCUUUGCCUGAAGAAAUGCUUGAGUAUGCUAGAGUAGAUACUCACUACUUGCUCUACAUAUAUGACAAAAUGCGGAUUGCACUACUAGAUGCAGCCAACGGGCAACCAAACCUUCUCCAAUUGGUAUGGCAGAGGAGCAAGGACAUUUGUCUGAAGAGAUUUACAAAGCUGAUAUUCACAGAGGAGUCAUAUCUAGAUCUAUACCAGAAGCAAAAGAAGCACCUUAACACACAGCAAUUAACUGCCUUCAGGCUCCUUUUUGCAUGGAGAGAUAAAAUAGCUAGACGGGAAGAUGAGAGCACUGGUUAUGUGUUACCAAAUCACAUGUUGAUGAAGAUCGCAGAGGAACUUCCCAAGGAACCACAAGGAAUUAUUGCUUGCUGCAAUCCAGUACCUCCACUUGUGCGACAACAAAUCAAUGAAUUAUACCUUCUUAUUCAACAGGCACGUGAGACCCCACUUCUAAAGUCUGAAGUAGGCAGUGCAAAGAGGAAAGGACCCAUGGCAAAUCCUGAGAGAAUGGAGAAUUUGCUUUUUGGCCCGCAUGACGCAUCUUUACAGUCUGCAGAUAAUAAUCACCUUUACAGUGGAACAGGUAACUCAAAUGGGCUGCAGCUUUUAGAGGGAAGUCUGUUCACUGAUGAAGAGCCAGCAGUAGCUGUACCUAUUAGUCCUGCAUACAUACUCGCAAGAGCCAGCAUUACAAUGUUUAAUGGUUUUGAAGAUGAAGAGAUUCCAUCAAAGAGCUGGUCUGUUUCACAACAGAAGUCAAGAACUAUUUUGGAGUCCUUUGAGAACCCAUUCAAAAUGUUUUUGCCAUCUGAGGAUCGCCAGGCUCAUGUGUCACAAGCAGCUAAAUUGGACCCCAAUACAAAAAUGUUUGAAAUCAGUAAGCAGUGGAAGCUUGUAAGUCUGGCACAGCAAGAAAAAGAAGCAAAAGCUAAAGAAGAUGCCAGAAGAAAGAAAAGGGAAGAAAAAGCUGCUCGGGAACAAUCUAAAAAGGAUUUUAAGAGCAGUGUAGAAAAUUUUAAAUCUGUCCGUGAACAAGCAAAGGAUGAAGAAUCCAACAAAAAACGGGAACGUGUAUCUAGUGAACCAGGGUCUGAAACUAUGAAAUCUGACAAGAAGCGCAUGAAACAUUCUGAGGAAACACAGAAGCCUGAUUCUCAGACACCAUUUACCCCCUUUGAUUAUAGCAAGUCAGACUUCAAGAUGUUUGCAGGCAGCAGUAAUGUGAAAAGUCAGUCUGAGUUUGAUCCCAAUAAGCAGACACCUAAAGAGAAGAAGAAAAAUACUUCGACCAGGAAAGGACACCAAUUAAUGGGAAAUAAAAGCAUGUCGUUUGUAGCAACAAAGUCAGACCGUGGAUUUCGACAUAGUUGGCCCAGGAGAUAGAAGCAAGAUCAUUCCUGGAGAAAGAAGAGCUCAUUGGAAUCUUUUUUUUUUUUUUUUUUUUUUUUUUUUUUUUU